UAACCGUAGUGUUGACGUUGCAGGAAAAAUAUACUGAGUCAACCCCCAUGAACUUUUCUUACUAAAAAGGAUAAGGAAAAGCACAUGUAAAUCUUCAUCCAGUGCUUGGAUAUUUCGACAACUGGGUUUCGUUCAUAUGAAGGUUUCAAGGCCUUUCGUUGGUCACUUUGUUGAGUAAUGGAUUCGAGAUUAAUUCUGGUCUCUCUUCUGAUUGUUUUCAUCCAAUUUAAUUCGGCUACAUGGGCAAGUACAAACACGGAUGAUGCUACAGCUCUCAAGAGUUUGUUGAAGAACCUCCCGUUCACUUGGGUGGGCGCUGAUCCCUGUGUCAACGGUUGGGAGGGAAUUGGUUGCUCCAAUGGACGUGUGAUCUCCAUAACAUUAGCUAGCAUGGAUUUGAAGGGUGAACUGUCUGAAGAUUUCCAGGGGCUAUCUGAAUUAAAGAUUCUGGAUCUAUCUUACAACAAGGGUCUAACAGGAAAUAUUCCAGCAUCAAUUGGGAGUUUAAAGAGCCUAACAAACUUAAUCCUUAUGGGUUGCAGUUUCUCUGGUCAAAUUCCAGAUACAAUAGGAUCUCUAACAAAUCUAGUCGUUUUAUCUCUGAAUUCUAAUAGCUUCAGUGGAGUCAUACCGCCUUCCAUUGGUAAUCUAUAUAAUCUCAAUUGGCUGGAUAUAACUGAAAACCAAAUCACUGGAACCAUUCCAAUCUCUAAUGGGGGUACACCUGGUCUGGAUAUGCUCACCCAAAUGAAACAUUUCCACUUUGGGAAGAACCGGCUCUCUGGCCCAAUCCCCCCUCAACUUUUCAGCUCAAAAAUGACAAUGAUACACUUGCUUCUUGACAACAACCAUCUUACUGGCAGUAUCCCUCCCACACUAGGACUUGCGACAACUUUGGAGAUCAUCCGCCUUGAUAGGAAUUUAUUAAGCGGACCUGUUCCUUCAAACCUCAACAAUCUUACAAGCCUCACUGAGCUGUUGCUGUCCAACAAUAAUUUGACUGGCACUGUGCCUAAUCUUACAGGCAUGAACCACCUCAGCUACCUGGACAUGAGCCAAAAUAAUUUUGAAGUGUCAGACUUUCCUUCAUGGUUUUCAACUUUACUGUCUUUGACAACAUUAACGAUGGAGUUCACAAAACUUACGGGAGAUAUUCCUGUCGCCCUCUUCAGCCUUCCCCAAUUACAGACUGUGAAACUAAGGAACAACCAGAUCACCGGCACACUAGAGUUUGGUUCUGCCUAUAACAGCCAUCUGCGACUCGUGGAUUUGCAGAAAAAUUACAUUAGUGAAUUUAAACCAGGACUAGAAUAUGAAUUUAAGAUAAUACUUGUAGGUAACCCGAUGUGUCAGGAUGAAGGUAAUGAAAAAUACUGCACGCCUGCCCAGCCCAACUCCUCAUAUUCAACACAACCAAAGCACAGCUGUAUCAUCCCUUUCUGUAGUUCAGAUUUAAUUCUCGGCCCCAACUGUUCAUGUGCUUAUCCAUACAUAGGAACCCUUGUCUUCAGAGCUCCUUCUUUUUCAAACUCGGGAGACUCAAGUGAUUACAAAUCAAUUGAGCAGUUCCUGAUGCAACUUUUUCGGUCCCUGCAACUUCCUGUAGACACAGUUUCCCUGAGUAAUUCGACCAUGGUGGAUGAUUACCUUAAAGUUAACCUGAAAGUCUUUCCACAGGGCCAAGAUCGUUUCAAUAGAACAGGAAUUUUUUUGGUUGGCUUUGCUCUCAGCAACCAAACUUCAGCAUUCUCCUUCAUUGCUGAUCCGUAUCAACACUUUGAAGAGGUACCUUCACCCCCGGGAGCAAAGAAGUCAUCAAAUACCGGCAUUAUUGUUGGAGCAACAACAGGUGGUUCCUUCCUUGCGCUAUUAUUACUCUUUGCAGGGGUUUAUGCUUUUUCUCAAAAGAGGAGAGCAGAAAGAGCUACUAAACAGAGCAAUCCUUUUGCAAAGUGGGAUCAGAGAAAAGGCAGUGGUGGUAUUCCUCAGUUAAAAGGAGCAAGACAGUUCACAUUUGAAGAGAUCAAGAAAUGCACCAACAAUUUUUCUGAAGCCAAUAAUGUUGGAUCUGGAGGCUAUGGGAAGGUGUAUAGAGGAAUCCUUCCCACUGGGCAAAUGGUUGCUAUCAAACGAGCUAAACAGGAAUCAAUGCAGGGUGGUCUGGAGUUCAAAACUGAACUUGAGCUUCUAUCAAGAGUUCAUCAUAAAAAUGUUGUCGGCCUUGUAGGUUUCUGCUUUGAGCACGGUGAACAGAUGCUGGUAUAUGAGUUUGUCCCCAAUGGUAGUCUCAAGGAAUCUCUUUCAGGGAAGUCAGGAAUCAGGUUGGACUGGAGGAAAAGACUCAAGGUAGCACUUUGUUCAGCCAGAGGUCUGGCUUAUCUGCAUGAGCUUGCUGAACCUCCCAUCAUCCAUAGGGACAUCAAAUCAAACAACAUUUUAUUGGAUGAACGCUUAAAUGCAAAAGUUGCUGAUUUUGGUCUCUGCAAGCUUUUGGCUGACAGUGAGAAGGGUCAUGUUACCACUCAAGUCAAAGGGACAAUGGGCUAUUUGGAUCCGGAAUAUUACAUGUCCCAACAAUUGACUGAAAAGAGUGAUGUUUACAGCUUUGGAGUGCUAAUGUUGGAGCUAAUAUCAGCAAGAAAGCCAAUAGAGCGAGGGAAAUACAUCGUAAAAGAGGUGAAGAUAGAGAUGGAUAAGACAAAAGAUCUAUACAACCUUCAGGGCCUUCUUGACCCAACCCUGGGCACAACACUUGGAGGGUUCAACAAGUUUGUGGAUCUAGCACUGAGAUGUGUUGAAGAAUCAGGAGCUGAUAGACCUAGAAUGGGUGAGGUGGUGAAAGAGAUUGAAAACAUCAUGCAGCUGGCUGGUCUGAAUCCCAUUAUUGAAUCAUCCUCUGCUUCAGCAAGCUAUGAGGAGUCAAGUACGGGUACUUCCAGCCAUCCCUAUGGCAAUAAUUCCGCUUUUGAUAAUAGUGUGGGCUAUUCCCCUUCCACAGUACAGCCCAAGUGAGCACAGGUGUCAUUUUCUGUUUCUUACAUUAAACUUGUUAGUACUUGGCUGGUUCUUUCUGCUUAGGAGUUAUCUUUAUCUCCUGCCUAUGUGGUGGCCUCUCCAUCCAGCCUUGAACUUGUAUGGAAUUUGUGAUGUUUGUUGAGCCUACAUAAUGUUUGUAUCAUAUGGUGAGAACAAUACUAAGUGCAUAGGUUGUGAUGGAAGGAGUGAAAUUCUUGUAUGAUACUAUAUAUAAAUAAAUAAAAGGAUUACCCUGAAAGAUACAAAAGAAA